AUAGUAAAGCUCUUGAACGGCUUUCCUAAACUUACUAAGAUACUGCCACUUCAUUACAACCACAUAACAAAGAGGCUACUAUCUAUUUAUUAUCAUCUGGGUGGUGCAUACCUUUCUGAUCACCUCUGCUUCUUCUUCUUCUUCAACUACUUUGUAUUUACCGGACACCAUCAUGGUGAUAGGCAUGGCUACUGUGGAUAAGAGGGAGAUACUAUUAGUUGUGGCCAUGUCCUAUAUAUUCCUUGUUGUGUCAGCGGGUGCAAGCCACCAUGAUAAAGUAGGGAAAGGAGGAGAAGAACCAGAAGCUGAUAGAAUAAUUAAACUUCCAGGACAGCCCAAAGUCUCAUUUCAGCAGUACUCUGGGUAUGUCACUGUUAAUAAAACAGCCGGUAGAGCACUCUUCUAUUGGCUUACUGAAGCAAUUCAACCUGAUUCCAAACCUUUGGUCCUUUGGUUAAAUGGAGGGCCUGGCUGCUCUUCGAUUGGUUAUGGAGCUUCGGAGGAGAUAGGCCCAUUCAAGAUCAAGAAGAAUGGAACGGGUUUGUACCUCAAUAAUUUGUCAUGGAACACUGUAGCCAACCUACUCUUCCUUGAAAGUCCGGCCAUCGUUGGCUUCUCUUACACCAACACAUCAUCCGAUUUGCACACCUCAGGCGAUUCGCGCACUGCAAAGGAAGCACUGGAAUUCAUUAUCCGAUGGUUGGACCGGUUUCCACACUACAAACAGCGAGAGAUUUAUUUGGCAGGAGAGAGCUAUGCUGGGCAUUACGUCCCCCAAUUGGCCAAAGAGAUUAUGACAUAUAAUUCAAGGUCUAAGUAUCCUAUAAAGCUAAAAGGAAUAAUGGUUGGGAAUGCAGUUAUGGAUAAUUACUAUGAUAACCUUGGCUACUUUGACUACUUGUUGACCCAUGCCAUCAUCUCUGAUGAAACGCAUAAGCAGAUACUCAACAAAUGUGAUUUCCAUGAAGGAGGCAAUUUUGAAUCGGAUGAGUGUAGGCCAGUAUACUCCAUUGUGAAGAAAGAGAUGAGCAAGGACAUUGACGAGUCUGACAUAUAUGUACCUAAAUGCAACAAAAACAAAACUACUGGUACUACCCACAAG